GAAGCAAAUUUAACCCAGAUGAGGGCGGAGUCUCCUGAGUUGGGAGUUGGCUGGAACCGGAAUCCGGACCGAGUGUGACCAGGACCCGAGACCAAAACCCGUGACCAGGACCCGAGACCGGAGCAACAGGACCGACACAACGACACAAAGGCCCCGAGGCACGAGUGCGCGGAGGUUGAGACGGAGCGCGAGCCGCAGUUUGACAAACUUCAGUGAGAGCGGGGCGUUAGCCGCUAACAGCUAAGAGCUAGCUGACCGGGAAGUGACUGCAGCUGAAGAAGUGUGCGAGCCGAAGACAGAAGAAGAAAAGAUGAGCGGUGGCAUGAACAGUAUCGAGGCCGUGAAGAAGAAGAUCAAAGUCCUGCAGGAGCAGGCAGAGGAGGCAGAGGAGCGGGCGGAGAGGCUCCAGAGGGAGGUGGAGAAGGAGAAGAGGAGCCGGGAGGAGGCAGAGGCCGAGGUGACGUCUCUGGGUCGACGUCUGCAGCUCAGCGAGGAGAAUCUCGACCGCGCUCAGGAGAGACUCGCUGCCGCGCUGCAUAAGCUGGACGAGGUGGAGAAGGCGGCUGACGAGAGCGAGAGAGGGAUGAAGGUCAUCGAGAAUAGAGCUCUGAAGGACGAGGAGAAGAUGGAGCUGCUGGAGGUUCAGCUGAGGGAGGCCAAAACGAUUGCUGAGGAGGCCGACCGCAAGUAUGAGGAGGUGGCUCGUAAACUGGUGAUGGUGGAAGGAGAACUAGAGCGAGCUGAAGAAAGAGCGGAGCAGGCCGAGAGUAAGGUUCGGAGGUUGGAGGAGCAGCUGAGGAGUUUCGACCACUCGCUGAAGAGUCUGCAGGCGUCUGAGGAUAAGUACUCUCAGAAGGAGGACCGGUAUGAAGAGGAGAUUAAGAGCCUGCGCAACAGACUGAAGGAGGCUGAGACUAGAGCUGAGUUCGCUGAGCGCACAGUGGCCAAACUGGAGAAAACAAUUGAUGGUCUGGAAGAUGCUCUUUCUUCAGCCAAAAAUGCCAACCUGGAGCUCCAGGCAACUCUGAACCAGACCAUGGAGGAGCUCAACUCCUGCUGAACUUCCCCAGGUCCCCUCACCUAUCAGGUGGAUGUCAGGAAACUGUGGCCAAAACAUUCCUCCUCCCCUUUUUCUCCUCCCCUUUUUCCUUUUGCGCCUCCCCUUUACCGCUGCUUUCUGGAGGUCAGAAACUUGAUGACAUUCCUCCUCUGCAAUUGCUGCUCCUGCCCAGAAGGAGGUGGGAGGUGUUUUGGGUGGUAUUCCCUCCCCCUCUGGCUCCUCCCCCUCAUUUCUUUCUUUUUGUUCACAUUCCUACUUUACAGCCCCCCCCC